UAUUUCAUAAUUUUGUUAAGAAAAAUGUUCAAAAUUCUGAUUAUAAUCUCUCUAAUAUCCAUAACCCAUUCAUAUCCGUCCUAUUCGUGGACUUGGAAUGAUUAUCCGUUUCUUAGUGAAAAGUGGAACUGCCACGUCCCAAGACCAGCCAAUCUUUGCGAUCCUAAUAGAAUGUUAACUAAUGAACAGAAAGAAGAAAUUGUUGAGUUGAUUGAGGAUUUUAAUGAACAAACAAAAAGACCAAAUUCAAUAAUACCGUGUAUGAGAGAAGGUCUCAAACUUGUUGUGGCUUUAGCAAAAAUUAAAAUUAAUGAUGAUGCUUCCACUGGACAAACAAGUUUGUGCAAAAGUUGGUCAUCAUCUGAUAAAACAACAUGCGAGUCAGAUGUACAUGGAAUUGAAUUAAAUGAAAAUGGUCUUCGUUAUUGUUAUUCAGCAUCACGUUGGUUAAUGACACUCCCUAGAGAACAAUAUGAAAAUCUUAUCACAGCAGAGAUUCACCAUCUCAACGAUAAAAACUACUUUGAAGCGCUAAAAAAUUAUAUUAUAAAUUUGCGCAUGCUUUACGUUCAAAGCUUCUCAAUUUUCGAUAAUCAUGUUGCUUCUAGUGGAGAUAACAUAACACUAUCAGAACUCCAACAUUCGUUGCAAGAUACUAAGAAAACAAUAUCAGAAAUGCGUGAUCUACAGAACAAAACUUUGUCGGCUUUUUACGUAGAAAUAGAGGAGACUAACAAAAAAUUAUCAGAGAUGAGACAAUUGUUAACACAAGAUCACUCGCUUAAAGGAAAUAAUAUAAAUACAGAAGGAGAAGAAUGA